AUGUAGAGACAGCGACGCCAAUAGAACUGUUGGAGAACAUAGGUCGAGAUACUAAGAAAAAACAAGAUAUAAUAGAUGGACUUUGUCCAUCCAGCUUUUUUCCAGCUUUGAUAACCUUGAUACUGUAUACUGACGUGUAGGCGUGUAGGCUACCUCGUACAGUUUGAAGGUAGAGGAAUAUGUUUUACUUUUGAUGAAUCUACAGCUAGCCGUAGCGACACGGGAAGCAGUAAAUUCAAGGUAUUUGCAUCUGUGUUACUCGUGUGUACGCUACAGUGGUCCAAGGAAUCUUGUUGACAUCUACUUAGACCACUGCCAUCUACUGGACUGACUGAUAUAACUACAUAUCACAACACCCCUUUGCCUAAGAGUUGCUGCCGGUUCCGGUUUACCCGUUUCCUGUCCUGUGUUCCUGUGUCCUGUUACCUGCUCCUGCCUUCCUGGUUCUGUAUCACACCCUGUCUCCAGCCCUCGGUCUCCUCUCUAGCUCCCAGCUCCUUCCCCAUUCCUACCCCCAUUGGACUGACGCCCUGGUUUAAACCCUCACUCACCCAGGACCUCGUUCAGCUUUGCCUGUCCCACCUUACCUGAAUCAUUCCUGUUUUCUGGUUCUUGAACUUGGACUGUAUUACUCUGUAAAUAAGCCUACUUAUUCUGCCAUCUCUGAGUCCGCGCUUGGUUCUGAACGCCCGUCCUGUGACAACAAAUAACAAAUACAAGUAGACAAGCAAGCUAUUGGGCAGAAGUGAACACAGACACAAAUUGCCAUUCUAUCAUAGUAGUGAUUGUGCAUGUUUGUUUUAGUUCUGUAUAGUAUGCCUUUAAUUCAUUGUGAGUUGUCUGACUGAAAUACUAAUUUUCUUAUGAUUAUGCAGAACAUUUAAUUUCACUGCAGAAUGUGCAUCUCUCCUUUUUUUCCAAUUUUAUUUCAGACAGUAUGAAGCUGUUUUCAGUCUGGUCAUCUGUCCUUGGGAUUGUCCUGUCAUCACCACUCAUCUUCACUCUAUGUCGGGGUGGAAAUGUGCUCGUGUACCCCAUCGAAGGAAGCCACUGGGUCAACAUGAACAUCCUCAUCGAGGCUCUGCAUGCUCGGGGACACAAUGUAACGAUUGUGCGUUCAGACAAGAGCUGGUACAUCAAGGAGAAAUCCCCACAUUACAGCACCGUUACUGUCCCUGUUGAAGAGGGCUUAGAUGAGAAAUUUAUUACAGAAAUCAUCACGAAAGGGAUUGAUGUUCAACGUGGAAAAUACUCUAUGAUCGACAUUCUGAGCUUCCACAUUCAGUCUUUUGAAUUAUUCUCAAGAGUUAAUCGCAUUACGAGCAAAAUGGUAGAGACUAUUUUCAAGGACAAUAUGUUAACAAAAAGACUUCAGGAAAGCCACUAUGAUUUAGUGCUUGCUGACCCUUUUUCAGGUGGUGGAACAUUAUUGGCAAAGUACCUUAACUUGCCUUUGGUUUACAAUGUGAGGUGGCUUCCCAUUGGAGAGGGGCACUCUGCAAUUGCCCCUUCCCCCUUAUCCUACAUCCCAAUCACAGGAUCUGGCUUUUCAGACAAGAUGUCCUUCACUGAACGCAUCAGAAACAUGCUUUUCUAUCUCUUUACGGUCUUUCCUGGUGUGUAUUUUGUCACGCCUCAUUAUGCUGCUCUGUGUCAUGACUACCUUGGCCCAGAUGUGGACUUCUACUCAUUAAUGCAAGCAGCUGAUCUCUGGCUCAUGAGGGUUGAUUUUGUCUUUGACUUUCCACGCCCAACGAUGCCCAAUGCUGUGUACAUAGGAGGGUUCCAGUGUAAGCCUGCUAAGCCUCUUCCCCAAGACCUGGAGGAGUUUGUGCAGAGCUCUGGAGAACAUGGAAUCAUUAUUAUGUCACUGGGUAGCUUUGUUGGUCAGCUUCCUUAUGAUCUAGCAGAAGAGAUAGCUGCUGCUUUUGCCCAGCUGCCUCAGAAGAUCAUCUGGAGGCACACAGGAGAAAGGCCAGAGACUCUAGGUAACAACACCCUAUUGGUCAAAUGGAUGCCACAGAAUGAUCUUCUGGGACAUCCAAAGACCAGAGCCUUUGUGGCACAUGGAGGAACCAAUGGAGUUCAGGAGGCCAUCUACCAUGGAAUGCCAGUACUGGGAAUUCCAUUAUUCUUUGACCAAUACGACAACCUCCUUCGACUGAAAAUUAGAGGAGGAGCUCAGAUACUUGAUAUAGGAACUUUAAACAAAGACAACUUCCUCCAGGCCUUACAGGAAGUGCUUCAUGAACCAUCCUACAGGAUGAACAUGCAGAGACUCUCCAGGCUGCAUCUGGACCAGCCAAUGAAACCACUGGACCGUGCAAUGUUCUGGAUUGAGUUUGUCAUGAGACACAAAGGUGCUGCUCACCUGCGCACAGAGUCCUACAGGAUGCCCUGGUAUGCCUACCACUCUGUGGAUGUUAUAAUGCUGCUGCUGGCUGCUGUGUUUGUUAUAUUGCUGACUGCUGUUGCUAUCAUCAGAUUUUUGUGCUGCAGGACAAGAAAAAUUAAAUCUGAUUGAAUGCACUGGAUUGUUAUCUGCUUAAAAAUAUAAAUUAAAAGCUUUACAAAUAAAAGCUAUUGUUGAAAAUGGCAAUUUUUGAUUAAUCAAAUGCCAAGUUAUAUUUGUAUUAAUCUGUUGGCUAUUGGUGUAAUUGAACUUUAUAUUGCUUAUUAAACUCUGUUAAACCACA